CUAGAUGCUCAGCUGCCUGUGCUGCAGUAUAACACAGUGUUUUUUUUCUCCCCCAUCCCAGUCAAAGCACUUUGCAAGGACUGUGUGGUAGAAAGGUGUCGAAUCCUGCGUCUGAAAAACCAGCUAAAUGAAGACUACAAAACCGUCACCAACUUGCUGAAGAUAACAGUCAAGGGGAGCGAUGGGUUUUGGGUUGGAAAGGCGUCCUUGCGGAGCUGGCGUCAGUUGGCUCUGGAGCAAUUAAAUGAGCAAGACGAAGGCGCAGAGCACAGCAAUGGAAAGCUGAGUGGAAAUGCACCAAACAAAGAUGGAGCAAAUAAGAAGAAGAGAGAGAAGAAAGAAGAGUUAAAUUUUAAUGAAGACAUUGUUUGCCCACAUGGUAAGUCUCUGCGGGGGAUGGAGCUGAACACUUCUGUUGUUGCCCACUGCUCCAGAUGUUAACUUCCUAGACCGGGACCAGCAUGAGCAGUUACCACAGAAGCGCAUUUUUAUUCUCAUGUUCACAUUUCCUGACAUUUAAAAACAUGGAGCAAGUGGUGCAAAGGGCACGAGCACAGCCCGGCCCCUAGGGGGGAACGUGGGUGCUGCAUGGGGCUGCAGCAUUACUCUGAGAGCAGGGGGAGAUGCUGGAGAAAGCAGGCAGCAUCAGAUCGUUCUCCCUGUGUCAGAAGCUAGCCCAGGAGCACUUACCCACAACUGCAGAAACUGCUGUUUCUGUUUGCAGCUGGGGCACCGGGGCGAAUUGAUUCCCCCACCUGCUGUGCUUCGGUGUCCACUUACAUCAGGCUGUGACCUGGUGUUGGCUGUUUUGCUUGGUGCUUUGCUUGGUUGGCCAAGCAAAGUGUUUGGGCCUCACUUCGUGCCCAACCUGCCUGCGUUCUGCUGGAGGCUGCUGUUGGCAGGCGUCCAUCAAUGAGCAGCACACCUCCUGUUGUUAGGGCUCAUCAAGGCUGUAGGUUAAUGGCGUUUGAACACCUUGUCACGGUGCUACCCGCUUUUCAGAGAGCGUAGUUCCCAGUGCAGCAAAGUUGCUGCUGGCAAACAGGAGCACUUAAUGCAGGCAUGCAGCAUGGAAGCAGGCUGCUAGGGCU